CCCAUACAUAGUCUUAUCAACGGUAAAAUGUACUGGAUCAGCGAAUCGCCGAAGAGAGCCAUAACAAAUGCAGGCCCAGCGGAAGAGAGCAGCUGCCGUUGUUUCCCCAAAAAGGUUUUGGUAUCCAUGGGGAUCUAGUAACUCCUCUGCUAUAGUGCAUAUUUGACAAGCUACAGUCGGCUCGAGCUUGCACUCCAGCUUCACGUUCAGUGUGGUUUAGACGCGCAGAGCUUCUCAGCGUUUUAAUUCAGUUUGUUUUUUGUCAGUUGGUGAGGCCACCCCAACAACACAGCAGUCAUGGACGCCAUCAAGAAGAAGAUGCAGAUGCUUAAACUAGACAAGGAGAAUGCCCUGGACAGAGCUGAGGGAGCUGAGGGAGACAAGAAGGCAGCGGAGGACAAGAGCAAACAGCUUGAGGAUGACCUGGUAGCGCUGCAGAAGAAGCUGAAGGGAACAGAGGAUGAGUUGGACAAGUACUCUGAGUCUCUUAAGGAUGCCCAGGAGAAACUUGAACUCGCCGAGAAGAAAGCCACAGACGCCGAGGCUGAUGUAGCUUCCCUGAACAGACGUAUCCAACUGGUUGAGGAGGAGUUGGACCGUGCUCAGGAGCGUCUGGCCACAGCUCUGACCAAGCUGGAGGAGGCUGAGAAGGCUGCUGAUGAGAGUGAGAGAGGCAUGAAGGUGAUUGAAAACAGAGCAUCGAAGGAUGAGGAGAAGAUGGAGCUGCAGGAGAUCCAGCUGAAGGAGGCCAAGCACAUCGCUGAGGAGGCUGACAGGAAAUACGAGGAGGUCGCCCGUAAGCUGGUCAUUAUUGAGAGUGAUCUGGAACGUACAGAGGAGCGCGCUGAGCUCUCUGAAGGCAAAUGCGCUGAGCUUGAGGAAGAGUUGAAGACAGUCACAAACAACCUGAAGUCUCUUGAGGCUCAGGCAGAGAAGUACUCACAGAAGGAGGACAAGUACGAGGAGGAGAUCAAGGUUCUCACAGACAAGCUAAAGGAGGCUGAGACCCGUGCUGAGUUCGCUGAGAGGUCCGUGGCCAAGCUUGAGAAGACCAUUGAUGAUCUGGAGGACCCUCUGUACCGGCAGCUUGAGAAAAAUCUUCUUCUUUCCAAUGAACUGAGAGUGGUGUUAAAUCAGGAUUAAACUAUUACUGGAUGUGUUGUGAAAUUAGCACUGUGCUCAAAUUAGAAGAAAGGCACUUUUCAUUUGUGGCGCAAAAUGAAAAUACCCUUAUUGUCUUGGCAUGUCAUUGGCCGUAGACAUUUGUCUGAUGCUGUGAUGGAAAUAUAGGUUAAUGUGUGUUUCUGACACAAACCUAAGAGUGAGGCAAAAACAUAUACAUAUUGGAUAAUAUUUAUCGGGAAGAAUGAAUUGGACUGUAGUUAAUGCGGAGCAUCAGAGAAAUGAAAUGCAUGUUCACAUUGCAGGUGAAGAGGGCAGGUUUCACAGACUCACAGAUGGAUUUUAGUUUAGUUAACCAACAUCUGGAAUUUUUAUUUCAUGAACAGCAAUUUGAUUUAGAUAACAUAAACUGGAUCACUGUCUAUAAGUCUAUGACUGAAAGAUUGUCCAUUGUACAGGAGUAAUUCUGGGCAUAACCUGGGUCUGUGAAACUGACCCACAAUGUAUGAUAAGGCUUGAUAUGAGUGUGCAUUAUAACAAUAUCUACUGACUGUGGUUGACUAAGGAUAUACACAGGGACCACCUUUUAAUGUUUUAACUAUAACAAUCUUCAUUCAAUAUUAUUGGGUCUGUGAAACUCUUGGUUAAGUCAUUUUCAUUGUGGUCAAAAAUUAUAGUCUGCAGGCUUCAUUUUUAUGUUCCACACAUAGUGAUGAAUUUAACAUGUUUAAUGGUACUGUAUAUUGACAGACAAACUCUAUCAGGCUAAUGAUGAGAACUUUGAUAUGUGUCAAAUGUUGGAUCAGACACCCAUCAUGAACCUCAAUAACAUGCAACAACAUGGUCCAUUAUCACACAAGACUGU